AUGCGUCUCCUGACGAAGGGCAACAAGGAGAGGACCUGCGAACCCACUGCGGCCAACAAGACCUCCUCCCGCAGUCAUGCCCUCCUCCAGGUGAACGUGCGUCAAUCGGAGAAGAAGGGCAAUCACGAGGAGGUCAAGAACGCUCGCCUCUUCAUGGUUGACCUGGCGGGGUCGGAGCGGGCCAAGCAGACGCAGAACAAGGGCAAGCGGCUGCUGGAGGGCGCGCACAUCAACCGCUCGCUACUCGCCCUCGGGAACUGCAUCAACGCCCUGGCCGAGGGCAGGGCCAAGUACGUCAACUACAGAGACUCCAAGCUCACCAGGCUCCUGAAGGACGCGCUCUCAGGGAACUGCCGCACGGUCAUGAUCGCGCACGUGUCGCCGUGCCACGUGCACCGCGAGGAGACGCGGAACACGCUCAUCUAUGCCGACAGAGCCAAAAACAUUUCCAAGCAGGUGCGCCGCAACGUGCUGGACGUGUCGUACCACGUGUCGCAGUACCAGAACAUCAUCAGCGAGCUCCGGGAGGAGAUCGGCCGGCUGAAGGGCAAGCUGGAGGCCGGGCAGGACGAGGGCGCGGCCAACGGCGGCGCCCCCCUCAGCCAAGAGGCCAAGGAGGAGCAGGAGAAGAACGCCGAGCGCCUCAAGAAGAUCAAACACGACCUGCUCGACCUCUUCCGGGAGCAGAUGUCCCUCCGGAACAAACUGAUGGACAUCGACAACAACAUCCUGGCCCUGUCGAUGGAGUUCGAGCGCCAGAACAUGGUGGUGACGGAGUGGGAGAGCGAGCGCGCGCGCCGCCUCAAGGGCCGCCAGGAGCCCACCCAGGGGCCCAACGGCGAGGAAAUUAUCGACAUGGACACCGACAAGGAGAAGGACGAAGACAGCGACGACGACGAGCCUGAGGAGGUGACGCAGGCCUGGGAGGACCUCAUGUACCUGCAGAAGGAGCAGCAGCGGUACACGGAGAUGAGGGAGAAAGUGGAACAGGAGAUGAACGAGGUGAAGAAGCGAGCCAAAGAGAUGGAGGAGGUGCGUCCAGGAGCCGAGGCCUUACCCGAGACGAUCACGACGGACGAGCAGCGGGAGCUGAUUUCGCUGCUGUGCAAGGUACACGAGCUGGAGAUCCAGAAGGUGGAGAUGCAGAGCGAGGCGCUGCUGAAGGAGCACGAGCUGAGGCGCCGCGACCUGCUCAUCAUGCGCUACGACCGCCAGAGGAACCUGUGCGACGAGAUCAUCACCAGGCAGCGCCAGGUCAUCGAAGCCAUGAACGAGGGCAGCGCAGAGCUGAGUACAGGGAUGCCUCCCGAGCUGCAGGAGCUGUACGCCCUCUACCAGAUGGAGACGCAGUACGCCAACAACGAGCGCGACGUCAAGUACCUCAACGAUGUCAACAACCUGCUCAGGUGCCCCUCUACCUUGUCUUUGAGGGCCGCGUCCUUCGAGAAGCUUCCGCCGAUCUUCAACAACAAUAACAAGGAGCCCGAGAAGUUGUUCGACCGGCCGGCGCGACGCCACAGUCUGGGCGACGUGCGGCGCCCCGAGAGCGUGCUCAGCCUGCGCAGCCCCACCAGCUCGGCGUCGUCGUCCGCUCCGGGCACGGCGGCUGAGUCGCGUGUGUGCUCGCUGCCGCCCAUCUCGGGCGCGAGUGCGGACGCCGCCGACGCCCGCCUCGGCACCAGGAGCAUCAACGCCCUCGCCGCCAGACGGCGCGGCAGCAGGGCGUCGGGCCCUUCGAGUGACCGCCUCGGCUCCAGCGACGCCCUGGACGAGCUCACCGACCCCGAUUCCCCGGGGGGCCUCCGCCUCCUGCGCAGGAGCCCGAGGGACGCCCCAGCCCAAGCCUCUCGCUCAAAAAUACAUUUACCCAAUUACGAUAUGUCCAACGCCCCCAGCGACGACGGCGUCUCCCUGCUCAGCCUGCGACUGGACAGUCCUCCGCGCAAGGCCAGACCCGCCCGGCCCUACGUCAUAGACAGCCGCCGAAGGUCCCGCCAAAAGCCCCUCAGCCGGCGUGGCAGCCUCGCCCUCCUGCAGCCGACGCAGCAGCGACGGAGACGCGGCGGCUCGGCCUCGUCCAGCGAGGGAGACUCCCCUUCCCGCGCCUCCCGCGGGCGCCGCCGCACGGACCUCGCCGCCCCGCCCGUCCGCAGGAGGGGAAACAGCCUCACUAGGCUCAAUGCAGGAGGCAACGCGCGGCGCCCGAGCAUCCCGGCGCGCAAGGGCGGCCGCAAGUCCCCGGACGUGUUCAAUCAAGUAGGAUUCGCCCUCCACUACUAGGGCGGCCCCGCGGGACGCCUGGCGGGUGUCCUGCUCCUGCUGGGCCGCGACCGGGCUUGGUCCUGCGCUUGAACCGACUACAAGCGGACGAUCCGCAAAUGUAGUGGUUUAAAGCAAGUGGCCGAGUAAAGGUUUGUGGAAACGCGCAUCUGGCUCUUCAUUUAUGUGUUUUCUUUCCGAAAUGUGAGACGGCGAACUGGGCGGAAAAUACUGAAUAUUCUAAAUCAGUUGUGCAUUUCGGUAUAACCGCCAACCCACUGAUCUCAUUGAAAAAAAGUGAUAACACGAACAUGGCUCAAAGACUCGUCCGAUUGCUUUGCGAAACGCCCCAAAGGUCGGCGAGAGCGAGAGGCGCACGAACGGCGGCGAGGAAGCAGGGCGCGGCGAGACAGCGAAGGAGGUUGCCCUUGGCUCCAGACCACCAGUCGAGCCUUCGUCUGGCCGGAGAUGACCUUCCCUCGCCUCAAGCCAACUCUCGUUUCCGUUCCCGCGAGUGCGACUGCCGGCAAGGGAGUCCGACGGAUCCCACAAGGCCUCAGGAAGAGAGUGGUGCAGAAGGAGAACUAUUGGUUCAGUUUUGCUGUCGGUAAAUGUUAAGAGUUUAACACCAGUUCUUUACUUUUGUUGUGAAUAUUGAGAGUUUAUCAUAUGUGACUUGUGCAUUGUAACAGGCAGAUAUAUGUAACAUAAAUAUAUUAAAAAAAUAUGUAAAAUA